GAGGGCAAACACGGCCGUUGGUCACGCACGCGCAUCGGUUGGCGGGAACCUGCCGGCGGAGCGCGCGCCUGUUGGCGGGAACCUGCCGGCGGAGCGCGAGCGGAAGUCAGCGCUGUUCGCGAGAGGUUCGUCAACAGAGCCCGAGUGAGCGGGGCUGUGCCGGCUGUCCCCGCGGGAACCGGGCGCCACGGUCGGCUGGAGUGAUUCCUGAGGGGACUCGGUGUCCGACAGGCUUCUCCUGCCCUCACGGCCGCACCAUGUUUUCCGACCACGCCGCCCGCAGAGACCAGACGCUGCUGUCGGCCCCGGAGCCGGCGCAGCAUGGCCCCACGUUUGAGCGGCUGCCUACCUCCUCCUACAGGAACUGCUCGGGAUGCUUCACCCUGGGCGAGCGCAGCUUCAACCGGCAGUACGCCAACAUCUACGCCACCCGUCUCGAACAGAUGCGACCCGCGCUGGCCGACAGGGCCAAGAAGAGAUGGGGAGCUGAUGUGGCAGUGAAGAAGUUGUGUGAAAUACAGGUCAAGGAGAAAUGUUGUGUGAUUGGGACUCUCUUCAAAAAUAUGGAGUUGAAACCUUCCAUCUUGCGUGAAAUCAGUGAAGAGCAUAACCUGUUGCCGCAGCCAGCACGUGCAAAGUACACGGACCAGUUAGAUGAGCUGAUUCUGGAGGAUGAGUUACAGCGCAUCAAAUUGGAGGGCAAGAUUGAUAUCCAGAAAUUUGUUACAGGGGCAGUUGUUGCAUUAUUUGGAGCUGAGCAGGAUGAUGGAAAGUUCAACGUGGAAGACCUUUGUACCUCUGAGAUCCCACCACAGCAGCAGAUACCACGACCUGAUACAGAUAGGUAUGUUUUAUUAGUCUCGGGCCUUGGCUUGGGUGGAAAGAAUGCGGACAGUCUUCUAGGUAUGCAGCUUCUUGUUGACAUGGUAACAGGACAACUGGGAGAUGAGGGCGAGCAGAGUAGUGCUGCAAAAAUCUCCCGUGUGAUUUUGGCAGGAAAUCUUCUCAGUCGAAACACCCAGAAUAAAGACACUUUCACCAAGGCAAAAUACCUAACAAAGAAGACACAGGCUGCUAGUGUAGAAGCCAUUAAAAUGCUGGAUGAAAUCCUGGUGCAGCUGAGUGCUUCAGUUCCUGUUGAUUGCAUGCCUGGCGAAUUUGAUCCAACAAAUUACACCUUGCCGCAGCAGCCACUGCACCACUGUAUGUUUCCACAAGCUGUUACCUAUCCCACAAUGCAGCUGGUCACCAACCCUUACCAAGCGGAUAUCGAUGGAGUCAGGUUUCUGGGAACAGCAGGACAGAAUGUGAAUGACAUAUUCUGCUAUAGCAGUAUGGAAGAUCACCUGGAGAUCCUAGAAUGGACUUUACGGAUUGGCCACUUGAGCCCUACUGCGCCUGACACACUUGGGUGUUACCCAUUCUACAAAACAGACCCAUUCAUUAUCAAGGAGUGCCCUCAUGUUUACUUUUGUGGCAAUGCUCCAUCAUUCAACUCAAAAACCAUCAAAGGUGUAGAAGGACAACGGUUGCUGUUGAUUGCUGUCCCAGAAUUUUCUACAACGCAAAUGGCCUGUCUGGUGAACCUGCGGACGCUUGAAUGUCAACCAAUCAGCUUCUCCGCUUUCUCUGCUGAGGAAGACAAUGUUGAAAUGGACGUCAGUCACUGAAUGGACAAAUGCUUUCAAUUUCUUCUGACUUUUUUCCUUGGAAGUUGCUUCUGUUCCUUUGUCUGAUGAAGCACACCCAGUGCAGAAUGCUUAUGGAGCACUUCAGAGUGAGCAACGCAUUAUGCUGCAUACCUUUUACACGGUUGGUGCUGCUGAAGACGUGAUGACAUUUUGGAAGAAAUUCUUUGACUUCAUUUUUGUCUUAAGUCCGUUACUUCUCCUGAAGUAUACUGAAAUAAUAUGGAAGAGGGCUGAUAUUUCAGGUUAAACUCUUAAUCUAUAAAUGGACCUCUUAACCUUGUCUCAUUGUUUUGUUUUCAUACAAGGUAUGAUUUUAAUAACCAAUGAGCAACCUUACUAUUUGUGUAGUUAACAUGCUGAUAUUUUCAAACUGUGCCUGAAGAAUAUGUUCCAGGAGUCAUUUUAAGCUAUUAGUGGAAGAAUGUCAAAUUCUGGUAGUAGCUACCAGAAUUAUUCAAUGGUUGUUUUUAUUUCUCAUUGGGUGGCUGGGCUUUUAUACUUUUCUGUUCUGAUUUAAAGCACAAUACUUCUAUACCUGUUCUACCUGAAGUGGUUGAAAAAUUGUUGGAAAUGCUUAAACUUAAGUACAAGGUGCUGUUAACUUUAGUACAGUGUCUGUUUAGUGGGUGCUAAGUACCUCAAGUGGAUUUUUUAAAGAAACUUUUAAUGUUGUAAAAUAUUUGAAUUUUUUAUCUAGUGUAUAUAAUUGGGGAUCAUUGUAGUUAGAUGCACAGUCAUAACAAAUUUCAUGCUUACUGCUAUAAGGCCUAACUUCAUCCUGGCGAAGAUUUUAAAGAAUAAAUUAAAAUUGCCAUUCUAUUCAAA